ACAUUAGGUCAUGGAACUAAAGGAGUAUUUGAACUUCUGUCUGGAUGGCGGAGAACCAAAGAGAAUCUGCCCUUCAAAGACAGGAUAGCAGAUGCCUAUUCUGAUGUGAUGGUCACCUAUACCAUGACCAGCUCCCUGUACUUCAUCACCUUUGGCAUGGGUGCCAGCCCAUUCACAAACAUAGAGGCUGUGAAGGUCUUCUGUCAAAACAUGUGCGUCUCCAUUCUGUUGAACUACUUCUACAUUUUCUCCUUCUUUGGCUCCUGUCUGGUCUUCGCUGGCCAACUAGAGCAAAACCGCUACCACAGCAUCUUUUGCUGUAAGAUCCCUUCUGCAGAAUACCUGGAUCGCAAACCCGUGUGGUUCCAGACAGUGAUGAGUGAUGGGCAUCAACAGACAUCCCAUCAUGAGACAAACCCCUACCAGCACCACUUCAUUCAGCACUUCCUCCGUGAACAUUACAAUGAAUGGAUUACCAAUAUAUACGUGAAGCCAUUUGUGGUCAUCCUCUAUCUCAUUUACGCCUCCUUCUCCUUCAUGGGGUGCUUACAGAUCAGUGAUGGAGCCAACAUCAUCAAUCUACUAGCCAGUGAUUCCCCAAGCGUUUCCUUUGCCAUGGUUCAGCAAAAAUAUUUCAGCAACUAUAGCCCCGUGAUAGGAUUCUAUGUCUAUGAGCCCCUCGAGUACUGGAACAGCAGCGUCCAGGAGGACCUACGAAGACUCUGUAGUGGAUUCACUGCAGUGUCCUGGGUGGAGCAGUACUACCAGUUUCUGAAAGUCAGCAACAUCAGUGCCAAUAACAAAAGUGACUUCAUCAGUGUCCUACAAAGUUCAUUUUUAAAAAAGCCAGAAUUCCAGCAUUUUCGAAACGAUAUCAUCUUCUCCAAGGCAGGGGAUGAAAACAACAUCAUUGCUUCUCGCUUGUAUCUGGUAGCCAGGACUAGCAGGGACAAGCAGAAGGAAGUCAUAGAAGUGUUGGAAAAGUUGAGACCCCUAUCCCUCUCAAAGAGCAUCCGAUUCAUUGUGUUCAACCCCUCCUUUGUUUUCAUGGACCACUACAGCUUGUCUGUCACAGUGCCUGUUCUGAUUGCAGGCUUUGGUGUUCUCCUGGUAUUAAUCCUGACUUUUUUCCUAGUGAUCCACCCUCUGGGAAACUUCUGGCUAAUUCUUAGCGUCACCUCAAUCGAGCUGGGCGUUCUGGGCUUAAUGACAUUAUGGAAUGUCAACAUGGAUUGCAUUUCUAUCUUGUGCCUUAUCUACACCUUGAAUUUCGCCAUUGACCACUGUGCACCACUGCUUUACACAUUUGUAUUAGCAACUGAGCACACCCGAACACAAUGUAUAAAAAGCUCCCUUCAAGAGCAUGGGACAGCCAUUUUGCAAAAUAUUACUUCUUUUCUUAUUGGGUUGGUCCCCCUCCUAUUUGUGCCUUCGAACCUGACCUUCACACUGUUCAAAUGCUUGCUGCUCACUGGGGGUUGCACACUUCUGCACUGUUUUGUUAUUUUACCUGUGUUUCUAACCUUUUUCCCCCCUUCCAAAAAGCACCACAAGAAAAAGAAACGUGCCAAACGAAAGGAGAGAGAGGAAAUUGAAUGCAUAGAAAUUCAAGAGAACCCUGAUCACGUCACCACAGUCUGAGGGGUAGAGACCAUGGAUUGUUUUUAUUUUCCAGUAUUGCACAACAAUGCAGGGCGAGUAAAGCUCAGACCUCAGCUGCUUGGGCUGGCCAGGGGUAACAAGGCAAGUCAGAUCGAGACUGCAUUAUUCAUGACACAUCAAGGUGUCUGAUUCUUAGGGAAAAGAGGGAAUAAAAGGGGGGGAGUUCUUUUCAACCUUGUUCUCCACUAAAGAUGAGUUUCUGGACAUGAGCUUAGAUUCUUCCAAGGAAUGAAUGAAUCG